CUAAAUACCAGGCUGUCAUUUUUUUUUCUCCCGUUCGACUUGUUUGGUCUGGGUACGGGACUAGGCGUUUUACCCGGUGUUAUCACACACUACAUUUUCGUUUUGUUCAAUAACCUCGGCGUUUGGCAGGAUGUUAGGAUGGCGAGUGGCCCUGGCCUGCCAGACAGCCUGGUGCUGGAGAUCUUCCUGCAUCUCCCUCAUGCUGCAGUGUUAAAUGCUGGCCUGACUUGCCGGCAGUGGUUUGCUGUAUCUCGAGAUGAGUUCUUGUGGAGGGAGCUAUUCUACAGCUACUACCGCAUCCCACGCUCUGUGCCCCGCCACCCAGCGGCUGUGUCGUGGUGCAGGGAGUUUAAAAGGCUGUACGAUUGCAUCCCCUGCGUAGAGGUGCAGACACUGAAGGAGCACCAUGACCAAGUCCUGCACCUGGCAUUUUCUCACCGUGGACACCGCUUCUCCUCCUGCUCCAAAGACUGCACUGUCAAGCUCUGGGACACAGAGCGGCCAGAUGGAACUAUCUCUUUGGUUCACAGCUCCAGCAUGCGGCAGUUUAACUGGGGCUACACGCAGUUCUCCCAGUUCAACUGUGACGACACCCUGCUGCUGGUGUCAGGAGUCUACCUCGGGCCGCACCACUCCUCCUCUGGAGAGAUUGCUGUGAUUAGUUUAGAGAACUACACGCUGCUAUCUAGAGUGAGGAAUAAACCCUACGACGUGUUUGGCUGCUGGCUGAACGAGACUCAUCUGAUCUCUGGGAACCUGCACUGGAUCGGCAACAUGACCUCCUGUACCGUGCUUUGGCUCAACAAAGCUUUCCAGGACAUUGAGUCAGAGAAUGUCAACGUGGUGAAGCGGCUGUUCAAGAUCCAGAACGUCAAUGCCAGCACCAUCCGCACAGUGAUGGUGGCCCACUGUCACCGGCACGACUCACCCGACCUGCUGCUGGACUAUGAGGCCCAGUCACAGGCCAGAGCCCUGGCCCAGGAGCAUGGGGACUCUCGCCAGCAUCAGCCUCUGCUUUUCGACCUGGGAGCCUCUGACAGUGAGGAUGAAGAUGACGAGGAAGAUGAAGAAGACAAGCGAGGGGAGAUGAGGUGUUCUGCGCACGUUCCCCAUUUCAGCUCGUCUGGACUGGAGCACAUCAGACAUGGUCUUCAGAGUGCAGGAGCUCAGGAGCUGGAGCUGGAGGCGCAGGUAGCUAGGCUGAUGGGAAGGAGGCGCACUAAAGCUCCAGAUCCAAAUCUAGUGACUCCCUCUGCCCCUGGGGAAGGAGAGGAUAAAACCUAUCUGCUGUUCACUACUGGCAGCCUUACCUACUCACCUCACCAGAUAGGUAUCAAGCGGAUCAUGCCCGAUCAGAUGACCACGUGUGGGCCAGUGCUGGGGGAGGAGCGCAGCAGUGAGGAGUUCUUUGAUUCCCUGGAUCAUGUGAUUGACAUUCACGGCCACAUCAUCGGCAUGGGCCUGUCGCCAGACCACAGGUACCUUUAUGUGAACAGUCGUGCAUGGCCGGCAGGCUGUGUGAUUUCAGACCCCAUGUCCCCUCCACCCAUAGCUGAGGAGAUUGACCUGCACGUGAUUGACCUGAAGAGCCUGCGGGAGGAGCGCCGCAGUCUUCGCGCUCACCGGGCUUUCACCCCUAACGACGAGUGCUUCUUCAUUUUCCUUGACGUCAGCCGUGACUUCGUGGCCAGCGGUGCUGAAGACAAGCACGGCUACAUCUGGGACCGCCACUACAACAUCUGCCUAGCUCGCUUGCAGCAUGAUGAUGUGGUCAACUCAGUGGCCUUCAGCCCUGCCGACCAGGAACUCCUGCUGUCAGCCAGUGAUGACUCUACCAUCAAAGUGUGGCGUUCUCCACGCAUGGUGCGCCUGGCCCAGAGCCCCCCACGGCCCGCUAGGCCCCGCAACCUCCUCUCCUCCCUGCUGGCUCGCAGGAGUGCUAAUGCUAACGUGAAUGGCAAGCCCUGAAUGGGGACCUGACGUUAUGCAAGGAAACACACAGUGGACAUGACUGUAAAACACUCCAGAAACUGUAGCAUGUGAGAUCAAAGAACUAGAUGGACGACGAGGAAGAAACAGCAGGGAGGUGAGUGUAGGAGUGUGUGUAUGCAUGUGCACACACUGGGAUUCCUGUUACACUUGGGCCUGUUGGAAAAGAGGGGCAGACAAAGCUUUUCAUAUAUGAGUUUAUGAGACAGAAUGCUCUUGUGCUGCCAUUUUGUUUCAAUGAGAAUUUGUCAGAUUUCAGUUUGAUGAAUACACCACAGGAACAUCUAUGGUUUUUUUAGACACAAAGGCACAAAAUGUCUUUAUUUUUUGAAGGACAAGACACUUGAAAAACUUUAAUAUAGGCAUGUAUCACAUUAGGUUCAUAAAAGCUUGAAAGCUUGUCAUGUUGAGCUGGAGCCCAGCUAUUCAUGUCUUUUUAAAAUGUUGACAGUUGAUAUUAAUACAGAGUGAUAAAGAAUUUUGAAACAUAAAACCAAGAAUUUGCAUCAAAACCAUUUUUGUCCCAUAAGCUACCAAGAGUACAAUGAUUGAGCUCUUAACUGAUGGCGUUGUAGUUUUAACCACAAGUAAUAGCAAUCAAACAGUACUGUUUCUGCUGUAUUUGAAGAUCGAAAGCUUCAAACAAAUAGCUAUAAAAUCAAAGCGACAUACA